UCGCGGUCCGCCGCACGGGUGCGCGCAUCUCGGCGGCAGCAAGCUGACCGCGGGAGGAAGAAACACACAUCACACCCUAGCUCCUAAUCCAAAUACUAUACUCUUUCUUUCUCUCUCCCCUGUCUGCUCCAUUUCUCCUCCCCCCUCGCCGUGCGGGAGAAGCGCGUGAACCGCCGCCUCAGCUCCGUCUCGCCGUGGUCGCAGUUAGCCGCCGUGGACGCAGCUGUGACUUUAGGCAAUUGUUGGAACAUCGAGGAUUUGCUGAUGGCUGAUGCUGUCACAAUGGAUGAUUCUGCUGCAAGCACCAGUGGGUUGGGGGACAAGGAUCACAGUGUCUCUGCUGAUUCCCUUUCUGAGUGGCGCUCCCGUGAGCAUGUUGAUAAUGGGAUCCCUUCAACAUCCCCCCCCUUUUGGGACACCGAUAGUGAAGACGAUGAUCCUGGGCCUAGACCUUCAGAUUUAUUUGGGAGAUAUACUUGGAAAAUUGAAAACUUUUCAAAGGAGAAGAAGAGAGAAAUGAAAAGUGAACCAUUUGAAGCUGGUGGCUACAAGUGGUAUAUUCUAGUUUACCCUCAAGGAUGCGAUGUCUCCAAUCACUUGUCAUUGUUUCUUUGCGUUGCUGAUCAUGAAAAACUUCUCCCAGGAUGGAGCCAUUUUGCACAGUUUACUAUAGCUGUAGGCAACCUUGAUCCGAAGAAAGUUAAAUAUUCAGACACCUUGCACAAAUUCUGGAAGAAGGAACAUGAUUGGGGGUGGAAAAAGUUUAUGGAGCUAUCAAAGAUUCAAGAUGGUUUUCUUGUUGACGAUGUUCUUGAAAUCAUAGCUCAAGUUCAAGUUAUCAGAGAGAAAGCAGACAGACCAUUUCGUUGCCUUGAUCGCCCUUAUCGUCGAGAACUGCUCCGUGUCUACAUGACAAACAUAGAGCAAAUUUACCGACGUUUUGUUCACGAACGCAGAAGGAAACUUGUCAGGCUUAUUGAUGACGACAUGAGGUGGUCCAGUUUCCGUGCUUUCUGGCUUGCGAUUGACCCAACAACAAAACAUCGCAUGUCCAGAGAGAAGAGCGACAUCAUAUUGAAAAUAGUGGUGAAGCAUUUUUUUGUUGAGAAAGACGUGACCUCAACAUUAGUUAUGGAUGCUCUGUAUACAGGUUUGAAGGCACUUGAGGCCUGUAGCAAUGGCAAGAAAGGAACAGUAACUUCAAUGGACUUGGAGGAGCUAUCAGCGCCUAUGGUCCAUGUUGAUAUGGACAUGUUUGUUUUGGCUGGUGACUUCAUAACUUUGCUUGAGAGGGCAGCUUUAGAGCCCUUGUCUUGUCAAUCUCUGUCACAAAAAGAUGACAAAUGUUCCCAAACCCGUGCCAAGGAUGGUGGUACUGGAGAAAUCAACAAAGUUUCUAUUGAGCGUGAAGAAAGGCGUCUAACUGAGCUUGGUCAGAAGAUACUUGAAAUAUUUGUUCUAUCUCAUAUAUUUAGUGGGAUUGAGGUUGCCUAUCAAGAAGCUGUUGCUUUGAAGAGGCAAGAGGAGCUUAUUCGUGAAGAGGAGCUCCUUGAAAAUGAGAUGAAGGGGAAGCGUGGCAGUGCCACUGAAAAGGAUAAGCGUUCAAAGAAAAAACAGGCCAAACAAAAGAAGAACAAUCGUAAGGUCAAGGACAAGGAAAGAGAAGAGAAAUCUGAUUCAAAUUUUCUAGAAAGGCAUCAGGAUGGAAGCACAAAUCAUGACAGGGAGGACUCUAAGCAGGUAGGGCAAUCUGCUGUGAUUAAAGCUGAUAACUUUGGAGAAGGUGCUUCAGAUUUAUCAGACAAACUAAGUGGAUCAACAGAGGUAUGCCAAACUGACACGUGUGACAAGAUUAUACUACCUGUGAAUGCAAUGAAUGAUGUUGGUAUUGAGAUGAACAAUUCACAGACAUGUAAAGAUGACGAUUCUACUGUGGACAUCGAGACACUGGUAACAUCUGUGUCUGCUGCUGUGAACAGCAUACGAGGCAAAAUAAAUAAUUUGCUAGACAGUACAAGUCUUAUAACGCCUAAUAGAGGAAGAAGUCGGCGCAACAGGGGCAUCAGCAGUAUAAUCAUUUCCCAGUAUGAAGAUGACCUUCCCUCAUCUAGCUGCUCAGACCGCAACAUGUCUGCCUGUGGUCCAGCUCCAAGGCGUGACCAGGAGACUGCUCUACUCACCUUAAAAGAUCGGCUUCGUGAGCUUGGGCAAAGACUACAUGAGAAAGAAAUUGAGGGCAAGGAACUGCUUAAGGCCCACUUGGAAAAAAAGGCAGCUGCUGAGGCCACAGUGGGUUCAUCCUUAGCAUCCUCAUCUAACUCAGAAAAGACUCCCCAGGUUCUGAAGGGGCCAGAGCAAUCCUCGGUAAUUGUUAAUGAUGCAAAUAUUGAUGCACCACUUCCAAAGGCUGUACCUGUAGCCACAAGUGACGACAGCAAUGAAGCUGUUCCAGCAACGGCAACAUCCACCAUGAACACCAAAUCUGUGCUUGUCAGUCCCACUCCAAGUAAACUUGAGCAAGUUUUGUGUGAAGAACAUGUAUCAAGUUCAAGCCAGCAAAUCAAUAAAGCUCCUCUGACGCCUUCAAGAUCACCACUAGUUGAUAAUAAGGCUACCCCAACUCCCCCAAAAUCACCUGUGCCACAGGCUGAUACAGUUGUUAAAGCUACUCCAGCUCCACCCAAAUCACCAUUGCCACAGAUUGAUACAGUUGCUAAAGCAGCAGCUCCCACAAAAUCUUCUACAUCACAGCUUGAUAAAGUUGCUAACAUACAAGCUGCCCCCAAAUCACCAGCACCCCAGGCUGAUGAAGUUGCCUCACAUAACUCAGUAUCGCGACAGAUUCUGUCCACAUCUAUCUCCAAGACUCGAGAAGAUACGGUUUCUGAGAGGGCUUCAGUUGCUUCUGUACCUGGAACUCCUACGCCAAUGUCAAGGCCUACAAGUGCACCUCUGCUACAGGUACCAAGAUCAACUAUGCCACCUACACCAUCAGUCCAAGUUUCUCCGUUGCUUUCACGUUCACUGACUGUGUCUGAACGGCCAAACAAUGAGCCUUCACCUCCAGCCCCAGUUUAUGUAACACAGACAUAUCGAAAUGCAAUCCUUGGUAAGGGCCAUCUUGAUACUACUCCAGCAACUCUUGAGCAAUCAACUUCUGUUUGCCCAAAUACUGCAGUUUCACAGCCAUGGUCAGCAUAUGCGAUGGCAACAUCAGUCAUGGCUCCUUUCGAAAGGAAUGACCAAUUACCAGGUAAGCAAGGCUUCGUGUUUGGGCCUAGCAGGGCAGAAGCCCUUAAUAACCGGCACUCAUGGAAAGGUAACAGUGAUGUUAACGGACAUACAUGGAAAGAUGAUGUUCCUAACCAGCAAAUGACCAAUUGUGAUGCGCAUGUGCACCACUCAAAAGAUAUUUCUUAUCAGCAAUUAAGCAGCAGUGGGACAGAACAACCCAGAUUGGGUGGAUUACAGAGUAGGGAGCUCCAGAGGGAGAUACCUGCUGCAAGCUUUGUUUCACGCCAGCAGUAUGGUUCAGUGGGUGAAGAAUUCCCUCACAUUGAUAUUAUAAAUGACUUGCUUGAUGAAGACCAAAGCAGUGCGCAUAUGGCAGUCUCUCCCCUCCAUGAGUAUCAUACAUUUGGUUUGCCCUUUUCUUCAGGAGGCAAUAUGGCAGACUCAGAAACAGCUUCCGUAAGUAGUUCUGUCCGGUUUGACUUGACCGACCUUUACUAUGACGAGGGUUACAGGAGGGCCUAUGACACGCAGAAUGCUCUGCGUAGGUUGGAUGCUUACCCCAACGGAAGGUUGGACUCAACUGCACCGCAGCGUUGGCCAUAUAACCAUCCAAAUCCAGCUGUGAACCUUGGAAAUAGUUCUAAUGUAUUUCCACAGCAGUUGGGAGAGUAUACUAAUUUAGCUAGUGGGAGGGUGAAUGGGGAAUAUUUAGAUUAUAUGUAUCGCCGUGCCAAUGGGCAAUGGUGAUGCCUGUAUACGACCCAUAAUAAUACUUGUAACAAACCAUGGUGCCAAGUCUAAAGUUCGCCAUGUCCUUUAAUUUGAAUUGUUUCAAGUUCAAAAUAGGAAAGAACGAAUACACCAUGUAAAAUUUUACCUGCAUUCAGCCUAUCUCGUGCUUGUACGUUAUUCCUGUGGUUCGAAGAGCAUAUGACUGCAGGUCUGCAGCUAACAAGCCAAGCGUACAUAUCGCAGCCCUGUCGCCUAUU